AUGGCAGUGAUUGUAGAGAAGGUCUUGGUCGUGGUGACCUUUCUCUUGUGCUUGUUUCUCAAUGCUUUGGCAGCACGCGGAGAUCUUUCCGGAACCACGAUCGGCGAGGUGUCGAACAAGUAUCCCACCUACGUCACCCCGGACAACAUCACCUUUGCGGUCUGGGGUGUGACCUACCUGCUCCAGCUUCUGCUUGUUGUCGCGCAAAUUGCCACAACCGAAAGCACGGAGAAGUUGUUAUCUCAGCCAUGUUGCAUGACAACUCUCUCUGUUCGUUGGCGUCUGGUGAUGAUCUUCCUCCUGAACGCGCUCUGGUUGCCCCUCUAUGCCAACCUGCUCUUCGGAAAGUCAAUGCUGGUCAUCUGCGUCUACCUGGCGCUCCUGAUCUCGGUUUACCUUGACGUGAACACCCGGACAACGCAGUCGUUUUGGGAGUGGGUCAUGUAUGGCUCGGGCAUUGCUUGCAAUGUCAGUUGGGUUCUUGUCGCGGCUGUCGCCAACAAGCUCACUUUGGCAGCGAGUAUGGGAGGCUGGGCCGAUGCGAAUGGAGUCGCUGGGUCUGCGUGGUUUGCGGGGCUUGUGGUGGCCAUCCUCUCGGGUGUGGCGAUUAUGAUGGCCUCCGUGGGCAGCGAUUUUGCGUGGUCGCUGGUCACGGUGUGGUACACUGCAGGAAUGUAUCGGCAGCACACUUACUCCGAUCCAUAUGCACUUCCUCCCGCGGCUAUGAAUAAGACACUUGCGAUGGUUUGCCUGUGGGCUAGCAUGGUCGUUAGUUUUGCGACCUUGUGUGGAUUCUUCUUGAUCCCUUCCAACGGCGCUUUCGGGGCAAAGAAGAAUGAUGUGGCAGCAGAGUGA